AUGGAAAGCAUGGUGGCGAGAGCUCUGGCUCACAGCGGAAACAGACGGGCAGUGACAAGCGCCAAGGGAAACGACCCGAGUCCCAGUCACCAUUCGGCAAAGAAAGUAAGGAAAGCCCUUGAUUUUAAUGUGGUUGUGGCAGGCUCAGAUGAGGCGGGAGAUAACAUGGAGCAUGUGGUGAAUGAUAAGGUGGAUAAUCUCCCAAUGGGGGAUGAAAAAAUGGUGAAUGAGCCGGCUGGUCUAGAGGAGGGAGAAGAGGGUGAACUCUGGUGGAAUGAGGUGCUUGAGGAGGAGGCAGGAGAGAUGAUAGCGGAGGAGGACGAGAAUCAGUUGGAGACGCAGGACAGUAAUGAUGUGCAGAUGGAGGGGAAUGAAAACGUGGGAACCACACUUGCGGUUGAACAAUUUGUCGAGGUGGAAGCCAAGGAGGUGGGGAAGGGUAACCACGGAGGGAGGAAAGUGGGAAUUAAGAAAAAGGCAGUUCGAUCCAAUGUAGGUAUGGGAGGAGGUCCUCUGAGACGGAUGGUUCAUGGUGCAAAAACACCUAGGAAGAAGACGACUGCGAAAGAGUCUCAGCGUCUCGGAGAGAAGAUGGCGGGAAAGGAAAAAGGGCCGGAGAAAGACCCAUCGAAGGGGUCCGGGACUGAUCUUAAAGCGAUUUGA